AUGAUAUUAUCUGCUGAGGCCCUGUGCGAACCUGUCAAAAACGAACAAUCAACAGGACAGGUCGAGCACGGGCGGAGAUGUGGUCCCCUUGUCGAGAGGGCUCUUGUGUCGCUCUCCAUCGUCGUCAUCUGGUUCAUACUGGGGGGGGGAACUCUUCUGCUCUUCUCUCGCCAUGGCUUAGCUAAAUCGUUUCUUGCGUCUAGAAUUUUUGGUUCCAGUUGUUAGUAGUAUAUCACUAAUAACACGUAGUUUUAUUGUUCCAUCGGUUUCC